GAAAAAUUCUUCUACAUGUUUUGCCUAAUUCCCUUGCCCUUUCUUGAUUAAUUUAUCCUUCCUUUUCUUUCUUUUUUCCGGUGCUACAAGAGCUAUGGAAGCUGUCAACUUUAGCUCAAUGGCGAUAAAGGACCGGGAUGGAGGACAUGACAGUACUAUAAAGUGUGAUCAGAAUCCGGCACAUGAUGAUGAACCAGUUGAUAAACUUCUUAAGGUCAAUUCUACUCGUUCUUUUUAUUUCGCGAAAUAUCGGAUAUAUCAAAACCAUGAACUAGAAACAAAAAUUCAUCAUGCGGAAGAGGAGAUGAAAAACAUCGACCAAACCUGCAAACUGAUUCGCGAUACAAUAUUACAAAAGAAGCUUAAGAAUGGGUAUAGAACACCAUUGGAGUCGCUGUUGUGGUCCUAUGGAGCGCGGGAGGAUGACAGAUACAAGAAAGUGAUAAAUGAGAAAAAGACCAAAAUAGACUACAGACGUCGGGAUCGCAAUGGGGAACUUCGGGCUAUAUUUGAUACAAGUCGGAAGAAGGGUGAUGAUACAUGCUCAUCAGAGAAAGAGCUUAAUAAUCGUGUCUGUGGCUUGCAUUUUCGGACACGAUGUGGAAAAACCACAUUCGUUGAGGAGAAACAUCUCCUUAGAGAUAUUCAACAGCUUGAGGAGACUAGACCGGGAAUUGUUGUCAAUGAUGCCUUGAAACAAAAACGUUUUAAUGAGUCAAUGGAUCGGGUUGGGCAACCGAUUAAUCCUGCACGUUUUAGUUGUCGUUAUUCCCGUAAACUUAAAAAUCUUAAAGAUAUAGAUUUAGAUAAAUUGAAAAGGGAAAAACAAGUCUUUAGUGCUAGAGUUAAGAAUGCCGAGGAAGCAUGGAAAGCUAUGAGUAACGAUCUUCCUUCCUUGGAACUUAAAUUGGCAGGGACAAUUAAAAAACGGACAGCCAAGGAGAAAUUGUUGGUGAAACUGAAAAAACGGUGGAACGAAGAGAAGCUCAAUUACAACCAACAAUACUACAACAACUACAAAUCACUUAUAUUGAGCGCCAGAAAGCUUGCUGGAAAGAAAAAUAUCACCGCAUUGGAAGAACUAUCAUAUAAAGAGGUUGAGAACUUCAUGAGCCUAUGGAACAGUGAAAAGGAUUUCAGGGAUGAUUACUUGAAAAGAAGUCUAUCAAGCAUCCCUCAACAUACGUCAAAUGAGUUGGAUGGACCGAUAAGGAACCAUCGGGAUAUACAACCUAUUUCAGGCCAACUAAUAACCACCAUCUUAUAUCGUAGAAAAGAGGAUAAAAUACUAAAGGGCUUGGUUGAUCCUGACCUAUUAAUGACAUGUUACAGAUAUUGAUUGAUUUGGGAAAGCUGAAAAAAACAAAGAAAUUGUGAAAGCUGAAAAAGAAAUUAGAAAGCAAGAUAACGCAACAGUCAAAGUAUAUAUAUAUAUAUACAAAUGAAGUGUAAGAAGUGUACAUUCUUCUGUUUCCUGGUUUGUUAUUGUAAGGGUUGUCCCCUAUCCUAUGCUUGUCUGUGCUUAGUGUAUAAGUGUGUAUAACAGUCUCUGCUAAGUCCUGUAAGUUUGGUACACGUGUCAGGUGUUAUAUAGUGAAACCUAACAAAAUCCCCGAAUUGUAACCUUGGAGAAAUUCCCAAACCGGGAGGUUUUAGAAAAAUGGG